ACUCAACCGAGCAAUGUUUACGAGCUUUACGAUUUCGAGCGAGUAUGUUUACGUGUGAACUGUGAAUGAGUGAACGAGACACCGAUCGUCGUUUAGAACACAUUUGAUUUCAAAGUAACAAAAGCGAAAACAACAUGAAACUGGUACAAGGAGGAAUCGACAUGCUGUUCGAACAAUACAGUGUCAAGGAAAUUCAAGAAAUUGAACAAACUAUCCGAGGUGAUAUUGAGAGAAAAAAAGAAGAGUUGCGGCAGAUGGUUGGAGAACGAUACCGUGAUCUCAUUGAAGCAGCAGAUACAAUUUCAAAGAUGAAAGAGACAUCUGAAAGUGUUAAAAAAUAUAUAAGUUCCUUAACGAUUCACUGUGGAAACCUUCAACAAGCAGGCCAAAGCUCGUCCAGCAAACUGUCCGCAGCUACAGGUGAAUCAACAACAGCUAGCUGUUAUGCAAUUCUUGCACAAGUAAAACUCUUGGUCGAUGCACCUUCUAAGCUCUGGAGCCUUCUGGAAGAAAAGCAGUACAUGGCAUGUGGAGCAUUGUUCUUACUGGCUCAGCAGACUCAUACGCAUGUGCAGCUGGCACAUGUUGGACGUGUGCGUCGUCUGCUUGACCCUUGGCGUACACUUGUUGCCAGACAGUGGGCAUCUCUCUCCUGCUUUAGACAAACUAUGCUGCAGACUUGUUGGAAAGCAUUGCAGUCUCUAGAUGUCACCUCAGAGCUCGCUUUACAAAGUUUGUGUUGCAUCGUCUUACUGGAAGACUCGGCUGUACAGGAUGUAUUCGAACAGUUCCUCAACAAGCGUCUGGACCUUGUGAAAGAUAUUUUUAGUUCAGGGAAACGAGGUAGCGUGACUACCAGAGAGCAGAUGUCUCACCUUGCUUCAUUAGUGAUAUCGACGUUUCGGCUUCUGCACUCUAUCUUCUUGUGUCGGUCAGAUGGACAUCCAAGUCUUGUUGAAUCGGAACUGAAGAAAGCGACUGACCCACAUUCACCUGACUUGGUCCAUUUAAUUGAUAGCCCAGGCAGCGUUUCCUCAUCUUACAUUCCACAGGUCAUCCGGGAGUACAGAAUAAAGCUGAGAACAGUACCGAGGUCUGUGGAAGCUCCCAAGAUUCAACAAGAGCUUAGAACAUUUGUGGAAAAGUUGGAAACGCAGUCACAACCUUACGUUGCAUCUCAGUUGAAGUACCUACAGUCAUCUAAGGCAGUUAUUCAAGUUGGCUUAGCUGUGCAAGAGCUACUCAGUGAACAGGACAAAGAGUUUCCUCCCUGGGACGAUAUUUGCAUCGACCUUCUCGGAGAAAAGUUCUCAGUGUGGGCCACUAUUUUUCAAGGCAAAUGCAUGGAACGAAUUAAGGUUAUUGUCAGCCUCCAAAUGGACAAUGCUAUGGAUUCCUGCAUAGAGCUGUUAACAAAUACAAAGAAGAAAGCACGAGAAAAUGGAAUGUCACCGCUGGAACAGAGUGCCGACGUUUCCACAUGGACAGAGACUGUAGGGGACUGGUCAUCGUCAAAAAUCUUCUCUUCGCAUCACGGGAAAAAGUCGUGGGAGUGCGGCACACUUGCGACAAAAGCACGCGGCCACACUGCACAAAUUCAAGGCAUUUGCAACAUGUUAGAUAAGAAUCUCAAAAACAUUCAUCAAGAUUUGGAGGCGUUAACGCCGGAAUCGUCGACAGCUGAGGAGAGACAGAUAAUUUCGAGCCAUGUUCACACGAGCACUACGGUAAUCAUUAAGAGGUUCCUCGAUUUUGUGCAAAAAGAACUCCAGUCAACAGAGCCAGAUAAAGACUGGUUUGCUCUGCUGGGAAAAGUUUGUUUUGGAUUGAGUGACCUGAGUCCCCACCUGCAGCAAUGUUUUUCGGUGUCUUCAAAAAGGAAUGUUUCUGCCAAGGUGCCACAAGAUGUUCAUCCAUGGCAACAUGAAAAAAAUUUGCUUCUUCAGCACCGUGACCUGGCUUUCAAGUGCAGUCUUUCAGUGAUUACUGACACAGAAUUGAAAGCAUUCAAGGAAAACAUGAUGUCAGGGUCUGUGGACACCAUCCUACAGACAAUACUGCAAUGGAGUGAAGUUGAGAUUCAGGAAGAAACAGAAGGGGGUGGCAAAGUAAAGUCAACCAUUCAUCUGCCACAUCAAAUAUCCGUGUCCUUACAAGAACUGCUCUUUGGUAUAUGCCAAGAAAUCAACAGGGUCUUUGGACAUUCACUAAGUAGGGAAGCUUUGAUGGAUGCAAACCUGAGGAUACUGGAUGGUGUGCAACCCAUCUACAGGGAGUCUGCCAAAGCUGUUUCUCAAAGCCAGCCCACACCACUGUGCCAGACGUGGGCCCUGCAAAUUCUUUUGGAUAUCCGAGUGCUGGCAGAGUUGCUGCGGCCUGGCACAAGUCGCUCCGACGAUACGUUGAACGCCUUACGGUCUCAGUUGGAGUCUUACAUCGACCCUUUCGACCUGGACGUCUUUACGCCUCACCUAGUACGGCACGUAGAGCAUGUCACCUAUCAGUCUUCGCUGCUUUUGGGCCUGACACUGUCACCGAAUCGCCUCCACUACGACAGACCGCAGCAGCCGCCAGCGACUGUUGUACAUAACAUACUGCCUCUGCACGCCAACGCAACACGGUUUUCGCUACUCCCCAUCACAUCAAGGUUUCUGGAUCGCGCUGAACCUCCAACGCUGCACGCACCAGUUGAGGCACCGGGAAAAUUGCUUCCUGCAGAGUAUGACAUGCCAAAGGAAACUCCGUCGCUAACCAUGAGCAGAUCCACACCGGUGUUCAGUUCUUCCUCUUCAUUCUACGAGAAAAUGGCAACGACCAUGCGGUCCAGUUGGUUCGGAGGCCAGUGAAAACUAGUUGUUCUUCUGUAAGUGAAGGGUGAAAGUUUGUUAUAUUUACUGAUGUAUAAAACGUAACUGUUACCAGAUUGGUAACUGUAUAUGCCGCGAUAGUCUGGUGCACCGGGUGUACUAAGGUUAAUAAAAGGAGCUGCAGUAAAGUG